AUGGCUACCAGCAGCCUUGUCAGAGAGGCUGAGGGUGAGAUCCUAACGUGGGAGAAGGAGGGAAAAAAGCAAGAGGAAGGGGAGGCAGCAGAAGCAUCAAUGAGAGAGGAGGCUCCAAACUCUCCCUCAACUCUGCUGCCCCUGAGCGGGAAGGCCCGCAGUGAGGGCCCAGUGGAGGCCAAGCUGGAGUUGCACCUUCUGCAGAACAGGUGGGCCCUGUGGUUCUUCAAGAAUGACCGCAGCCGGUCCUGGCAGGAUAACCUGCAACUGGUCACCAAGUUUGACACAGUGGAGGACUUCUGGGCGAUUUACAGCCACAUCCAGCUGGCCAGUAAGCUCUCUUCAGGCUGUGACUAUGCCCUGUUCAAGGAUGGCAUCGAGCCCAUGUGGGAAGACGCCAGGAAUAAGCGGGGUGGCCGCUGGCUGGUCAGCCUUGCCAAACAGCAGCGCCACACUGAGCUGGACCGCCUGUGGCUGGAGACACUGCUGUGCCUCAUUGGGGAGAGCUUUGAAGAGUACAGCCAGGAGGUGUGUGGGGCCGUCAUCAACGUCCGAACCAAGGGGGACAAGAUCGCAGUGUGGACGCGGGAGGCAGAGAACCAGACGGGCGUGCUCUACAUCGGGCAGGUCUACAAAGAGCGCUUGGGACUCUCGACGAAGACCAUCAUUGGGUACCAGUCCCAUGCAGACACAGCUACUAAGAGCAACAACCUGGCCAAGAACAAGUUUGUGGUGUGAGAGGGCCUGGGCACCCCUCUCCAUUCAGCCACCCCUGAGCCCCUCACUAUUGCUGUAUAUGUGUCCCGGCAGGACUGGGGGCGAAGGCGGAGGGCUGAUUCUCACCUGUUCGCGAGUUAAUACGAACAUUCUUUAACAUGAGUUGGGGCCCAGGCCUAGGGGCUGCUCUGUGGGUGGUGUGGUGGAGGGCAGGCUGAGGA